GGCCACUUCCGCUUCCGGUGCGCGCGCGUGCGCCCCCUCCCACCCCCUCCGCCCCCUUCACCUCAGGCUGCUGCGCCACCACCGGAGCGGGAUGGGCCGAGAACCGUAGCCCCCCCCCGGCAGGAUGGCACAGGGCUGGACCGAGUGCCCGGCGCUGGGGCCGGGCUGGCAGCGCCGCGAAGCCUUCCGGAAAUCCGGAGCCACCUGCGGCCGCACCGACACCUACUACAAGAGCCCCACAGGGGAGAAAUUCCGGAGCAAGAUCGAGCUGAGUCGAUUCUUGGGGCCCAACCGCGACCUCGGCAACUUCGACUUCAAACACGGGCUGGAGCGACCCGGCCCCCCCAAGGGCAGAAAGGGGCCCAAAUGGCGCUCCCCCGCGGGGCCCCCCCCGCCGCCCCCCCCAGACCCGGAGGAGCCGGUGGGCGUGGCCGAGGAGGCUCCUCCUCCUCCUCCUCCUCCUCCACCACCUGCAGCCACGCCCCCUCCCGUGGAAACCACGCCCCCUCCCAGCGAGGAGGCCCCGCCCCCUCAGGAUGAAGCGCCGCCCCCUCCCGCCGAGGCCACGCCCCCCGCGGAGCCGCCACCGCCUCCUCCCCCCCGGCGCACGAGGAAGCGCCCCCCCCCGCCAGAGCCCCCCCAGGAGGGGGUGGCGGCGUGUUGCGCCAGCUGCCAGAGCCUCUUCCCGGGGGUGACGCUGCCCCCCCAGCGCCGGUGCCGCUGGCUCUGCCCCGACUGCCGCGCCCGCAGGCGGGACUUCAACCGGGAGCAACGGUUCUUCAAGCGCGUGGGCUGCGGCUCGUGCCAGGCGUGUCGCAUCCCGGCGGACUGCGGGAUCUGCAGCGCCUGCGCGCGCCCCCCCCCGGCCCCCGCGCGCCCCCACAAGUGCCUCCUGCGCCGCUGCCUGCGCAUCGUCAAGAAGGGCCUGGGCUGCGGCUCGUGCCGGGGCUGUUUGGCCACCGAGGACUGCGGUUCGUGCCCCAUCUGCCUGCGCCGCCUCAAGCCCGGCCUCAAGCGCCAGUGGCGCUGUCUGCAGCGGCGCUGCCUGCGCCCCAAGAAGCCGAUGAAGGAGAAGGAGAAGAAGAAGCCGGGGCGCCCCCCAAAACACCCCGGGAACCGCGGGGGGGACACGCGGCGGCGGCGCCUACGGCGCUGCGGGGCCUGCGUCGCCUGCCUGCGCCCGGGCGACUGCGGCCGCUGCGACUUCUGCCGCGACAAAGCCAAAUUCGGGGGGCGCAACCGCAAGCGCCAGAAGUGCCGCUGGAGGCAGUGCCUGCGCCGCGCCAUGGACCUCAACCCUGCAGCGGGGGGGGGUGAAAAGGGGGGGACCCCCCCCUCGCCACCCCCUUUGAAAGAGGAGCCGGGACCCCUCCCACGCCUCGAGCCCCCCCCGGGCGAUCUCGGGGUGCUCAUCGCCGCCUCCCCCCGCCUGAAGCCGGAGCCGAGCGCUUCCCUCGUGCCGGUGCCCCCCCGGCCCCCCCCCGCCCGGCUGGUGCUGCUGGAGGAGAGCGAAGAGGAGGAGGAGGAAGGGGGCGAGCGAGUGCCCCUCCCGCCGCCGCCCGCCCCGCGUUGGCCGAGCUCCUUCCUGGCGGAGUUGGCGGAGAUCCCUCUGCCGGCGCACUGGGGGGUGGUGGGGGGUCCCGACGGGGGUCCCCCCUCUUCUUCUUCUUCCUCGCCGUGUCUGUCGUCGUCGUCGUCGGGACAUCUUUCUUCGUCGUCGCCGCUCUCGUCUUCGUCGUCGCUGCCCGGUUUGCGCCUGGUUCAGCGCUCGCCGCGAUCGCCCAUGGCCGCCACCGUCGUCUUGUUGGCUCCCGGUUUGGCUUUUCGUGUUUUAGUGGCUCAGAAUCGCCCCGUUCCUCCCGGCCACGAAGUUUUAGCGUCUCGACCUCCUCGUCUGCGUUCCGUCGAGGAUUUGGUGGAGCUCCUUUGCGACCUCGAAGCUUAUCGACCGUGUCAGGGUCCCCCCGGAGCCCCCCAACGUCCCCCGGCCCCGCGCUGUCAGGUUCUUGUCCCCGGCGGGAGCUGCUGCCGGCCCUGCCUGCUGCUGGGGGGCGGCGGCGACCCAUAGCGGGGGGAGGACACCCCCAAAACGGAGAGGGGACACCCCCAAAAUAGGUGGGAGAAAGGGGAGGGGAACCAAAGUGAGGGGGAACCACAGUGAGGGGGGAGACAGAGCGAGGGGGAAGGAAAAAGGGGGGAGGACCCCAAGAUAGGGAGAAGGG